AUGAGGUUAGGGUUAAAGGUUGUUGUAAAAAAUAGGAAAAACUAUUAAAAUAUGUGAUAAUUAUAUCAUUUAAAUGCAAAUUCAUUUGUGUGUUCUGUGUGAAAAGCUAUGGCUUGCAUGUCACAAGUGGAGAGCGAAAAUCCUAGGCAGUAACAAUGCAAUGCGAUGCAGAUAUGAGGCAGUGAGUGAUCUUUCGCUCCGACAAAGAUUUGUUUUCAAUUUGCGAUGAGUGGUGACGCGUCCAAAGAUCCAGCCUUGCCGAUCCAAAUUAGUACCAAAUCCUUACCGCUUAUUUCUGCUGAUGAUUUUUGCAAUCAGAAUGGAGACGAAAGAUCAAAAGUUUGCAAUUAUCCCAAGAGUAUUCCAAGCAAGACCGAUCAAAUCCCGCCAACUCCUCAACAGAAAUUGUCAGAAGCUGCGAUAGCUGUUCGGAAAUCUCAUAGCAAUGCCACAAACCUGAUUGUCAACAAUAAAAGUUACCCAGUUGCAGCUUCUGUAGUUCUUACUGACAGCGAAAGUGGAGAAGAUGGAUCAACGGAUUCGGAAAACGAAUGUGAGGAUGCGCAGGAAGAAGUUGUUACGCCUACUGCAGCAGGAAAUAACACCUUGAUAACUCCUGUAACUACACGCAAACCAAGCACAGAUUUGCGCGAAGUCGUUGACAAAGCGUUAAAUAAAAAAAGCAGCGUCAAAGGCAAGAAAAAAAGUAAAACCAAAGAAAAGGAAAAAGAAAAAGAUGCUGCUGCAGCAGCAAAUAAGAAAAAGAAACGCAAAAAGCCCAACGUCACUAUAUGCACUUCCAACUGUCGGUAUGAAGUCAUCAGGAGAACUGCUGCCAAAUUUGGUUUACGAGAGGUUGGCGAAGACGAUCUAUGGAAUCUCUACUGGACUGAUUUGAGUAUAACUGUAGAACGUGCCAAAGAUAUGAAAAGAUUUCAAAAAAUCAAUCAUUUUCCUGGAAUGUUAGAAAUAUGCAGAAAGGAUUUAUUAGCAAGAAAUUUAAACAGAAUGGCAAAAUUGUUUCCCAAGGAAUAUAAUAUAUUUCCAAAAACUUGGUGCCUGCCAGCCGAUCUUUCAGAGGCCAUGACUUACAGUCGAAGUCACAAAUACCGAACAUAUAUUUUAAAGCCAGACACUGGUAGCCAAGGACGAGGCAUAUAUCUUACAAAGAAUCUGAAAGAUAUUAAACCCUACGAUAGGAUGAUAUGUCAACUGUAUAUAUCGAGGCCACUUCUUGUCGAUGGUUACAAAUUUGAUCUCCGAGUGUACGCUCUCAUAACAUCCUGCGAUCCUUUGAGGAUGUACGUGUACGAAGACGGCCUUGUGAGAUUUGCUACUAGCAGAUAUAAGGAGCCGUGCGGACAUAACACCACGAACGUCUUCAUGCAUUUGACUAAUUACGCGGUCAAUAAGCAUAGCAGGACGUUUGUUGUUGACAGUGAAAGUGGCAGCAAAAGGAAGAUAUCAAGCUUGAACCGUGACCUCACUUCUCGAGGCAUUGAUUUAAAAUCACUUUGGCAUAAUAUCGAUGAUGUGAUUGUAAAGACUGUUGUGUCGGCUGUUCCAAUUUUGAGGCACAGCUACAAUGCUUGCUUCAAAUCACACGAUUAUGCCCAAGCCUGCUUCGAAAUCCUAGGAUUUGAUGUACUAAUUGAUGCAAAGAUGAAACCUUAUGUGCUCGAGGUGAACCAUUCUCCUAGUUUCCACACGGAUUCGCAGAUUGAUCGUGAAAUCAAAGAAUCUUUGCUGUACGAUACAUUAGUCUUUGAAUCUGACACAUGUGACAAACGCAGAGUGAUGGAGGAAGACAGGAGAAGAGUGAGGGACAGACUGCUGCAAGGAAUCAACAAAGACAUGCCGAAAGAUUUACCAGAAUCGAUGCCCACCAAGAAAGACAUUGCCGAUAUGUGCGCGGCCCAAGCGAAAUGGGAAGACUCUCACAUCGGUGGUUACCGCCGGGUCUACCCGCCGAUGCCCGGCACCGGCCAUCCGGACAGAUUCGAGAAAUUCUUCAAUCAGACGGAGGGCAGUUCACUUUUUGGAACUACCGUGUCUCAUAGGGUCAGAGUUGAAUGCUCAAGGGCUCAGAGGGAAGAAAUGGAAUUGAAAGCUCGUGCAGAAGCGGCCAAAUGCCUAGGCCCUAAGAGUAAAAGUUCUUUGACGGCGGACAACGCGUCCACCACGACCGCCACCAAUGCGAGUGUUGUCAGCGGCAAAAACAACCGAUCCGAUUCUCCAAUUUCUACUCUGUCGACAUCCAAGAAAACAUCAACUGCAAGAACUGUGAAGACGGCAAUUAGGAAAACAAGGUUGUCCACUAAGGGAAGAUCCCUGAGCGGCUCGAACGAUUCACCAUUCGAACCUGAACCGAUCGUAGAUGCCGAAGAACGUGAACGUCUUGGAAUGCUGGCACAACGCGAUUUUUUAAUCAGGAGUUAUGGAUUAGUGGAGCAUAUCUACUUAGCCUUAGAAAAGACUGGCUCUUUGCGUCAGAACGACGAGCGUAAGUACGGCAUGUAUGCUCGUGCUCAGCAGCAACAACAACAACAGGUGCACAAUCAACAUCUGCAUCAGCAGACAAAUCAACAAAAUCAGCAGCCAGCCCCACUCGGAACCAUUCCGAUUACUGGUGCUCAGACGGCGAGAUCGGCGGUUCUUCCAGCCACUAGACAAAGACACUCGAGAACCUUGUCUCCUGGAAGCACUAAAGCUGCGAGUUUGAGUUCCAGGCCGCAGCAUGGAACGGCGCGUGUGCAGCAUUCUUCAAGUUUAAAGGUAGCGAUAAUGAUGGUUCAAGCUAACGAUUUUAUUAAACAAAUUAGAUUAAUACUAAUUUAA